AUGAUUUCUUCCUUGGAUGAUUGCUGGAAGGUUCUUGAUUCAUCUAAGAUCUCUAAGACUAUCAUUUUGGAGGCUACUGUAAUGUUCUCAUGGGAAUUUGACGAGCUAGGAAUAACUCUAGAUUCAAUGGUUUUCUGCCUAGAUGGGAGUGUAGUGCUACUCAAAUUUUCUCUCAAACUUUCGAUUCCUCCUCCUAAUCCUUCAAUGGUCAAGGAAGUUAUUUGGUAUCCCCAUCUCCACAGUUGGAUUAAAGUCAAUUGUUAUCGAGCCUCCAAAAAUAAUCUUGUUGGUGAUGGUGGUAUUUUUUGUAAUAGCUCAGGAGUUCAGUUAGGUAGCUUCUCGUGUUUUCUUGGUAACAGUGACUCUUUUUUUGCCGAGAUCAUGGGUGCGAUUAUUUCUAUCGAGCAUGCCAUUACUUUCCGGUGGCAAUGCUUUUUGGCUUGA